AUGAGUCUUAAGGCUCAGGCCAAUAGGAUCCUCUGGAGACUGACUCACCUCAUCAUACCUGCGGGGAAACAGAAAGAACUUCUAGCAUACCUGGACAUAGGAAGCUUACCCAAUCUGGAAAUGGACCACCUGUUUCACCAUAGCCUCAACACCACUUUUCAGACCACCUACUCACCACUGCAUCACCCUGCUCAUCUACCAGAGGUCUCAAUGGGUUCCCAGACAGAGGGUUCCCUUCCAUAUAAUAUUGUCUACAUGGACGGUUCUAAAUCUAAGACUGGGGUGGGAGCUGGUCUGGUCCACUAUAAUACCCGAAAUAAUCAGUUCAUGCACAAAGAAUCUCACCGCCUGGCAGGAUUCUGCUCCAUCACUCAGGCUGAACUGUAUGCCAUUUACAGAGCCCUCAAGUACAUUAAUACGAGUACUAAGCUCAAGGGCAAAAACAUCUAUAUCUGCUCGGACAGUAGAACUGCUCUUCAAAGCAUAUCCAGUGGUAAGCUGGGUGGCAACAUUCAACGGAUGAUCAUUCAGGAGCUAACUGGUAGCACCAGCCACAUAAAUUUCAUGUGGACACGGGCCCAUUCUGGUGACACUGGUAACGAGGAGGCUGAUCGCCUUGCUAGAGAGGUCUCCUCGAGUACUACUGACAUUGCCUUCGAAGACAUUCCGUUGGUGGCAACCAAGAAACUCAUCUGGAACACUAUGAUCAACAUUUGGCAGCGCAACUGGGAAGAAGAUGAGACAGGAAGGACAACCUUCAGCUUCUUCCCAGACAUUGCACAGCGACUACAGCUUCAACACCUCAGCAUUAACUUUAAACUACUCAAUUGUUCACCAACCACGAAAAUUUCCUGGCCUACCUAA